AUGGCGUACUGGUUUCCAGUCGGUCGUAUUCACCGUCUACUGCGAAAGGGCAACUAUGCCGAGCGUGUUGGAGCCGGUGCUCCCGUCUACGUGGCUGCCGUGAUGGAGUAUCUGGCCGCUGAAGUUCUCGAGUUGGCAGGAAAUGCCACCCGUGACAACAAGAAAACCCGAAUUAUCCCACGUCACCUGCAGUUGGCCAUCCGCAACGACGAAGAGCUGAACAAACUUCUUUCCGGAGUGACCAUCGCUCAGGGUGGUGUCCUGCCAAACAUCCAGGCCGUCCUGUUGCCCAAGAAGACCGAAAAGAAGGCCUAA